ACAUCUUGUGGAUACGUGCAUAUUUAUUUUUAAAGUGAAAUAGAUAAUUUAUUUAAACAAUAUAACUAUUUUUAGAGCUUAAAAGCCUAUUUUUUUCCCACAAUUGUAAUGUUCAAGCAGAGACAAUCGACAUAAAGAUCUUCCAAAUUUUAAAUUUUGAUGAGUUAUGAGGAGAGAUGUUGAUAGGGCUGCAGCCCUAUCAAAACAUUUUCCAAGUCUCAUCUCAUGUCUUGUUGGGUCGCCAAAGAUUCGUGUUUCUUUUUGUAUCUCGUGUUCGUUUUUGGUAGUUUUACUCGUAAACCACAUCAUUGUUCUCUCUCAUGCAAUCAUCUCUCUCUAUUCCCUUGUUUACUCUCUGUAAUUCUAUUUUAUACAUUUGAAGUGGGGUUUAAGGAAAUUAUUUUCCAUUGUAUUUUCUGGUGUUUGGGCUUCACAACAACUUGUUAGCAGGAGCAGAAUGAGUUAAGUUGAAGCCAUGCCCUCUCAAAAGUCCACUGUGGAACAAAUGAUGUGGAGUCCCAGGACUUUAUUCCAAGAAAAAUGUGAAAGCUACUUGCUUUUCUAUGGGGAAACAUCCCUUGGAAAUGGGUUACAAGCUUUCUUAUAUUUUCUGGGUCUUGCAUAUUGUUUCAUUGGCUUAUCAGCCAUAACUGCCCUUUUCUUUCAAUCGAUGGAGACUGUCGUGAAACACUCAAGGAAGGUGGUAGAGAUAGACCCAGACACAAAAGAGGAAGUUAUUAGGCACCAAAAAGUUUGGAAUUACACUAUAGCAGAUAUAACACUACUGGCCUUUGGGACAAGCUUUCCGCAAAUCUCUUUAGCUACAAUAGAUGCGAUUCGGAACAUUGGUCAGCUAUAUGCCGGAGGAUUGGGUCCUGGAACUCUCGUUGGGUCUGCCGCGUUCGACCUUUUUCCUAUCCACGCUGUUUGUGUUGUAGUUCCUAAGGCGGGGACAUUGAAAAAGAUAUCAGAUUUAGGAGUAUGGUUGGUGGAGCUCUUUUGGUCAUUCUGGGCUUACAUUUGGCUUUACAUAACAUUAGAGGUGUGGACUCCAAAUGCGAUCACCCUGUGGGAGGCUUUACUAACUGUGUUACAAUUUGGUCUUCUACUACUUCAUGCAUAUGCUCAAGACAAGCGUUGGCCUUAUUUCUCCAUUCCAUUGCCUAGGCAUGAUAGACCUGAGGAUUGGGUACCAGAAGAGCCUUUGUUUGUUGACCAUCAUAGUGGUGAUUCUGGGGAUUCUUCUGAAAUUCUUUUAGCUGAUGAAGGAUCUGAAUCUCGUAUUGUUGACAUAUUUUCCAUCCAUACCAGCAGGGGUAUAGGUCAUGUUUAUCAGACCGUCAGCAGUGGAGAUAUGGGAGAGUCAUCCAACAAAGUUUUUGAACAAAAAGCUGUAGAUAAUCAGUGUUUGCUUUCAAUUUGGAGCAAACAAUUUCUUGAUGCCCUCACGUUGGAGACUGCUGAAUCAAGAAAAAUGGACAGUGCAUGCCUAAGGAUAGCGAGAAUUUCGUUCCAUUUGAUUAUUGCUCCAUGGAGAUUUCUAUUUGCUUUUGUGCCUCCCUGUCAGAUAGCACAUGGAUGGGUUUCUUUCAUCUGUUCACUAUUCUUUAUAAGUGGAAUUGCUUAUGUUGUUACCAAGCUCACAGACUUAAGCUGUGUCACAGGAAUAAAUGCAUAUGUCUUAGCAUUCACAGCAUUAGCGAGUGGUACCUCUUGGCCUGAUCUAGUUGCAAGCAAAAUCGCUGCCGAGCGCCAGACAACAGCUGAUUCUGCAAUAGCAAAUAUCACAUGCAGCAAUUCAGUGAAUAUUUAUAUCGGAAUUGGUGUCCCUUGGCUGAUCGACACACUAUAUAACUUUUUUGCCUAUAACGAGCCCCUUUACAUACAAAAUGCGCAAGGCCUCAGCUUCUCCUUGCUUGUUUUCUUCGUCACCUCUAUUGGUUGCAUUGCUGUUCUUGUUUUGAGGCGCUUGACCCUGGGGGCAGAACUUGGAGGCCCCAAACCCUUGGCCUGGGCUACAAGUAUAUACUUCAUGAUGCUUUGGCUCAUUUUUGUUACUCUCUCAUCACUCAAAGUUUCAGGCUUCAUAUAAUUAUAACUUUGGCUCUGUUGAUUGAGCAUUCAUUGUAGUUUCAGGCUUCAUAUAAUUAUAAUAGCUUUGGCUCAGUCGAGGUAGCAUUCAUUGUAAUGGCAAUAUCACAUAUUUGUAAUACAAACAUUUGCAAUAGUUGAAAUGAAAAUUACCAGGCCUCCAUGUGUUUCCUUUA